CUUCUACAGAUGAAGCCCAAGGAAAUGCCACCCCAAGAAAAUCUCACAAAAUGGAUGGAGUUUGUUCUCUUGGAUUUUGCUGAUGUUCCCCAGCUACAGUGGUUCUUGUUUGGAUUGUUCUUGGUAAUUUAUCUCUGCAUCCUGGUGGGUAAUGGCACUAUAAUUCUCAUAACAAAAGUGAGUCCUGCUCUCCAGACUCCCAUGUAUUUUUUCCUUGGUAACUUUUCAUUCUUAGAAAUCUGCUAUGUGUCUAUUACUCUCCCCAGAAUGCUCACCAACCUUUGGACCCAGAGGAGAACCAUUUCCUUAGUUGCCUGUGCUACACAAAUGUGCUUUGCCCUAAUAUUGGGAGGCACUGAAUGUGUCCUCCUGGCUGUGAUGUCCUAUGACCGCUACGUGGCCAUUUGCAACCCUCUGCACUACCCUCUCGUCAUGAACCACAAGUUCUGUGUGCAGCUGGUGGCUGGCUCCUGGGUUAGUGGAAUUCCAGUCAUGAUAGGACAGACAUUCCAGAUUUUCUCUCUGUCCUUUUGUGCUUCUAACAUCAUCAAUAGCUUCUUCUGUGAUGUACCCCCAGUCAUUAAGCUAGCUUGUGGGGACACAUUUAUAAAUGAGAUGCUGGUCUUCAUAGUUGCUGCAUUGUUUGUCGCAGUUCCAUUUCUGUUGAUACUUGUCUCCUAUGGAAAAAUCAUCUCCACGGUAAUGAAGCUGCCAUCAUCCUCAGGUAGGGCCAAAGCCUUCUCCACCUGCUCAUCUCAUCUGAUUGUUGUUGUGCUGUUCUAUGGUUCAGCCAUUAUUACUUACUUAAGACCCAAGACCCAAGAUUCUGUAGAAUCUGACAGAGUGUUUUCUCUUUUUUAUACUAUUGUCACUCCUUUAUUUAAUCCCCUGAUAUACAGUCUGAGGAAUAAAGAAGUCAUAAUGGCUUUGAGGAAGUUAUUCUGUAAACAAUUCAGUACAUGA